UGUCAUCUCACUCCUGUAUGGGCUUUCAUUCCACCAGCAGUGUGCAUCUCCCGUGCCUCUCUAAAGCGAUGCUGUUCACCAAAGCGCAAGAGCAGUAUUACGCACGGCGAAAUGACAGCAGAGGAGCGACUACACUCGUGGAGCCUUGGAUUGUGAACUCUGUUCUUCUCACAGUUGUAACAUUUUCGGAACUCCGUGUGCCCGUCGGGACUAUAUGGAGGACCUGUGAUGAAAGGUUUGCUAUUUGAGGAGAUGCAUUUGUGCAGGUACUGUGUCUUAUGCGGGCUACAUGCUGUUUGUACUGACCAGGACCGUUACGCGCAACGUAUCUCCAUGCGUUAGAAUACAGCUCCGCGCACCCAGUCUUAGCUGUUUGGGAAAGAAAAAGGGUGUAAAACAACAAACAUGAUACGAAAGGACAAAUUGGAGCCAGAAUGGAUUUAACCCAGUUAAAUCUGUUGGUGGAAAAUGUUUCCAACGAUGAGAACACCACAGACACACCGCUUAACUUGCCACACACGGAGGCAGCUACUGCGCUCAUCAUUGUGGUGGUUACUGUGAUCAUUUCGGUAACCAUUGUCGGUAACGUGUUGGUGAUUGUGGCGGUGCUGACCAGCCGGGCUCUCCGUGCGCCCCAGAACCUUUUCCUGGUCUCUCUGGCAUCAGCGGACAUCCUGGUGGCCACGCUGGUCAUCCCCUUCUCCCUCGCCAAUGAGGUCAUGGGCUACUGGUACUUUGGAAGUACUUGGUGCGCCUUCUAUCUGGCUCUGGACGUGUUGUUCUGCACCUCAUCCAUCGUGCACCUGUGCGCCAUCAGCCUGGACCGCUACUGGUCAGUAACAAAGGCGGUCAGCUACAACCUGAAGCGGACACCAAAGCGCAUCAAGUCCAUGAUCGCUGUAGUGUGGAUAAUAUCUGCUGUAAUCUCCUUCCCUCCUCUUCUCAUGACCAAACAUGAUGAACGGGAGUGCCUGCUGAACGAUGAGACCUGGUACAUCCUCUCCUCCUGUCUGGUGUCCUUCUUCGUUCCUGGUCUCAUCAUGAUUCUGGUUUACUGUAAGAUCUAUAAGGUGGCCAAGCAGCGCUCAUCCACCGUGUUCGUGGCCAAGAACGGCCUGGAGAGGCAGCCCUCUCAGUCCGAGACCUGUUUCGUCAGGAAGGACCGGUUCGAGAUGGAGAGCCCGAGUAGCCAGAGCUCCGGCAGCCACCAGCAGAGACAGGGGGAGCUGGACGACAUCGACCUGGAAGAGAGCUGCUGUCCGUCGGAUACUAAACCCCGCAAUCAUCGCUUCACCAAACGGAGAAAAGUGGAGGGGUCAGAGUGCUGCCCGCCUCAGAACUGCCGUCUCUCCUGGGCUUCGGCCCGGGCGUUGCAGCUCUACCCCGAGCAGAAGAACCCAGCUGGGCGACAACAGCUGGCCGCGGCCAACAAAACCAAAGUGGCCCAGAUGCGGGAGAAACGUUUCACCUUCGUGCUGGCGGUAGUGAUGGGGGUGUUUGUGCUUUGCUGGUUCCCUUUUUUCUUUACUUACAGCCUGCAUGCUAUCUGCAGAGACAGCUGCUACAUCCCUGGUGCACUUUUCAACCUUUUCUUUUGGAUUGGCUACUGCAACAGUUCUGUGAACCCCAUAAUAUACACUAUUUUCAACAGGGAUUUCAGGAAAGCCUUCAAGAAAAUCGUAUGCAGAACUUCUAAACGCACAUAAAUACAGAAAGGCCUCCUGGGACAAAUCUGUUUUGCCUCUGUCACUCAACAGUGCUGGGAAGGAAUUAUAUUAUUAGAACUCAUUCUUCUUGGCAGACUGUUUUCCCUCCCCAAAAUCAUUUUUAUGUAAAUACUAUCAUUGAAAAAAAAGAUCCAGUGUUGUGUACACCUUUAAAAGCAUAUGAAUAAAUUAUAAAGUUGAGCAAAACAAAAAAGAAAUAUUUUUAGUGCCUCAGUAUUGCAAACUUGAUGCAAGCAUCAAACAUGGUUAGUUAUUUAAUCAUUAGAUACAUUUAUGCUACUUGAGGUAUGUAAUAUAUAGGUCAUUGUGUAAUAAGUCCUGCAAAUCUGCACCUUUGAACAAGAAAUCCCUAUAUUGGAUCAACCUUUUAUGCUGCAGCAAGCAGGAGGAAAGAGUUACUUCAGAGUAAAAUUGAAGUAAUGAAUGCAGCUGGAUUCCAGUGCUGGCGGCUGGUUCACAGAGGGUGUUUUGUGUUGAGAUAAACAGAAGAUUAAUCGCCACCAUCUAUAAGAUAUGUGCAUGAGGAUAAGCAGGAAAGUAAGUACUACAUUUGUCAUGGAGGAAAAAAGGAAUCCUAUAGAUUAGAUGAUUAAAACAAGUGUAGAAUGUUGCAUGGUUGAAAAUGUUUGGCAUUAAUACAGGUAAUUCAGAUACAUCAAUUUAUCUUUGCUUGCUGCAGUUAAAGCUUGGGCAAGGCUCUCAGCCAUUUCUUAUCAGCGAACCCCCAAACUUACGUAAGAGUCUAAUCUCACACACACAAAUACCAUCACACCACCUCACACCAAAAUAAUGGCCAAGAUGAGGCCUGCGUGCACAACGUCUAUUGGAUAAAUCUGUGUAUUUCCUUUCAAUACCUCACAAUACCUCAGUAUUUUGUCAGUAAAUAUUUAACCUUGUGAGAUCACAAUUCUGCUAUACAACCUGAUUUCAGUGCCAUGGGACAGAGAUCAGAUCUGGGUUACAUUGUCCAGCAAAUAUUACUUUUAUUGUGUUGUAAAUUCUUUCUCUUACAAAUAAAAUGUUACUGGCAAGAAAGAAAAAGAAAGUCCAGUAGCUUUGACUGGCUGUGACAUUCCUGAACGUGCCAGAGGAAGGAUGCUCACAUGUGACACAACCAAAAUACAAACAGUCCUGCUCCCUAUAUCUUUAAAAUAACAUCUCUGGACACAGCUUUUGUAGGCAGAGCUGGACUCCCAUCCAGCAUCAAAUCUCCUUGGUUCAAUAAGAGAGUUUAAUAUCUACGAGCCAAGCCUCAGGCUGUAAUCCUCUGCUUUAUAAAGCUGUAUUAUCACAGGAAAAGUCCUACAAAUUAUGACCUCUAACUUCCCACCUCCCUUAAUGGGAAAGAUAUAUAAAGUAAAGGAAAUAUGGUUAGAUUCAAGGGUAUAUUUGAACUGCACAGCGCUGUUUUCCAUACAGUGUCAAACUGCGGUCGGUUCAUGAUGAAUCUGGGAUAGAACGUGUAUGUCAAAUGUUGAAUAUAUGACGAAGCUUGCAUGAGAAGGCCUGUGCUUCUCUGGGAAAAAACUCUUACUUACUCUCACUUAGUGAGAAGAAGCUCUAUAUCAGCCUAUUGUCUGCAUGGGGGUGCUGAGGAUAAAUACACUAUUUAUAUCCUCUUAGGAAUGUCUUCAAAGCACUCCUACGCUCGCUGGCGCCUUGCCAGAUAAUCAUCAAUUGAGGGGUGUCAUGCUUAAAAAGAUUUUUUAAAGUUUAAUGGAGUAGUUUUUGUGAAGUGUGCCCAUAUUUAUGAGAGUGUUGUUAAAAUAUCAUCCAGGGAAACAAGAGUGAAGGUGGUCACGUAUUUCCUUUUCUCUUGACGUGCGGCACCAUUUUAUUCAUGAACAGAAUUAGACAGUCUGAGAGAAGUGAUGAAGGAAAGUCAAUCUCAAAGGGAUUCACAAAACUCUUGAAACAAAUGAAAUGUCUGAGUCGAGUUACAAUCACAAGAGGCGGUAAAAUUAGCUUUCUAUCUUCAUCUUGAAGAAUUGCUAAGAUUCAAGUGAUUUCGACAUGUGUAACGUAAGGAGAUGCUGUUAUGUACAUGUUACAUGUAACCUAAUUUCUCUAGAGAGCACGGCCAUCGUUCAUCGCAUUAUCCAAGGAGGAAAUAUUUACAUGAACACUCGUAUGUAAUUUUCUUCUUGAUGGUUUACUGAUUAGUAUCUGACAAGACAAGCAACUCCCUUAUUAAAUCUCACUUCCCAAUUCACUUAUCUUUCUAUCUUUCUCAUCAACUGCUCCAUUGUAGCGAGAAUGGAGCACACUGCUUUUAAUUAGCUGUAGUGUUUUCUGUUACUUUCAGUAAUGUGUAAUCUCUCUAGGCAUGUCUCCUCACACACUUCAGCUCUUUUACAUCUUUUGUUUCAGAGUCCAAGUUGAGAGAACUGGAACUGUAUAGCAUGUUGUUUUAUCUUCAUUUUCACUUCAAAAAGAAUUUCAUAAAAAACUAAACACAGAUCCCUCACAGUCCCUCACUAUUCAUGAAAUAAAUGCUCUACUAAUUGCAUUUUUAUUCUAGACAAAAUUAGUGUUGAUUUGCAGGCCUAUUCGGUCUGCACUUCCAUCUACCGAGCCAUUCAUUCAUCCCAGACUGUAAACAAAGUUGGAGACUAGUUCAGGAAGAGAAGCAGAGCUGUGGUGACCUUCAACCUCCCAAAUCCUCUUCUAAAGGCUUAAUGAGAGCAACAGAGUAACUGGACGGAGUCAAAACAUUUCCUGGUGUGGGAUGCUGAAGGGAAAGCUUUAUUGGGGCCUAUUCAAAGCUGAGGAAGAGUGGAGGGUCUGCCAGGGUUGUUUACAGUCAGCAGUGUGGGCAAGGCUAUUUGCAGUCACAAUAGUCGCAGGAGAUGUGAUUAUAAAUGUUUCAAGAUGCAGUGCAGAAAAAAGGGGCCUCUUAGCACGAGAGAGGAUGAUGAAGAGAGCAGCUGCUUGUUGUACUCUGCUACAUUACCUUGUUUGUCAGACACAAUGCGGCAUCUGCAGGUAAUUGCUUUUUUUCAGUUGUCUCUAACAAGAUAAGGGGUGGAGACGAGCAAGGCCAAAACUCACGUCAAUCCCAGGAAGCUGCGUAUCUGGAGAAGAGGAGCCAGUUCGUCAUUAGUGUAAAUCAGCUGGUGUCAUGUCAAAGCGAGGGUGGGACUGAGCUCACUGUCUCCGGGCCAUUCUAAAAUAUCGCCCUAAACUGCAGUGCUAACUUAAAGAUGACAGUCAGAUUACUGGCCUCUGUGUUUGUGUCUCUGCAUGCAAACAUAUGCAGAUGUGUAUCCUCCAUUCCUCUUGAUAGACCAAGCAAGUGGGGAUUCUACUCACAAACAGUCACCAGGACAUUAGAAAUUUCAAGAUCUAUUUUUAAAACAAUAUUUAUUAUCAAACAAGGUGUGGCUGCUGAGCUGCAGAAGUUGUCACGGAGCAGGCAAGCUAUAAUGCCAAAACAUUUUUUUGCAGCUUUAAAGGAAAAGUAAAGUGAUAUUCUAUGUUUUUCUUGAUGUCAACAAAUCCCAUGAAAACACUGAAACCAACAAUGAACAAUGCCGUUGAAAAAACACAAUUUACUCUUGUUCGAGUAACAUUUGCUAACAGCUACAGUUCUCAGCUGUUUUAAAGAAUUCAUUAGCCUUUUUAGAGAGUGAAACUAUAUAUUUGUGACCUGUUUUUAAAGAUCUAUGCCUUCAGUAGGAACAAACAGGUUUGGAGCCACAGACAGGCUGAGUAUUAAGAGACAGACUAAUGCAUUGUUGCUCUUAGUCUUGUUGUCAAAAAUUAAGAUAUAGAAUAUUGCCAGCCUGAUGCUUUAAAACCCUUUAUUACACGGCUUUGUUGAAUCCUCGAUUCUGAUUGGUCACUUACGGCAUUCUAUGGUCUGUUAUUUCUGAAGAGCAGACCGCUGCUGUGAAUAACAGACCGUUGCUAGGGACGCAGUUCUGAUCAUAGACUCUCGAGUCAAAUGAUAUCAUCCUGUAUCACCCUGCCAGGGUUCGCUGUACGUUAUCCCUUACUUAACAAAUAAAGAAAUCUGUAUGAAAUUGGUCUAACAAGGGGACUGAACCAACAUCUCUUGUUUGGGUUGAAUAUUAUGCUUAGUGGCUAUGACACUUUCAAACAAAAGUGAUUAAUGUUUUAUAGUGUGUUGGAAAACUUUGGUGCAACUACAUUAAUCUAUGGAUUUAUCUACUCUCUCGUUCUGUAGCCUGGCUUGUUGUUUGUUAUCCUGCAGGUACACACAUAGUUAUGACACUAAAGGGUAGUUAUUCAAGGAGAGAUCUGAAUAAACAGUGUGCCUCUGUG